CUUUAAUUUACGUACCUAUUCGAAAUAACCAUAUAGAAUUGAACAAUGAUUCGGAGCUUUGUGGUUUUAAUAGCUGUAUCUACUUUUUCUCGUUUCAAUUGCAAAACUGUUAUUCAUAAGGCUGAGGGUCAAGAUAGUGUCAUAAGAAACAACCUUUCGCUACAGAUGCAGAACGAAACAACAGCUAAUCUCGAAACUGACAAUCCAGCAAUUACCAAUGAUGAUAAGGUUGUUACGUCACAGAACAAGACUACGAAAUUUCAAAAAAACAUUACGUCCUCCACGGCCCAGAGAAAUGAGUCAGCUGUCGUCGAACACGAUAAUUCAAGAAUUAAUCGGAAACUCAAGACCCGCCAAGUCCCGGCAGAUGUUCUAGUGACGUCUAGUUCCACCAUGGUGGACAGCAUGAAUGCCGAUCAAUCAUACUACCAAAGUCCUUUAAUGGUAUAUCCGUUUCCUAUGAUGAACACAUACUAUCCCAGAUAUUUUCCGUACACAUACCCAGGAUACCAAGGAUAUCCAUUCUUUGGAUAACGAUUAUAAAUCCAGCGGUACAUAUUUAAUAUUUAAAUAAUAAAUAAAUAAUUAUAAACACCUAUUAUAUAAAGUUUAUU